UAUUAAAACACUUCCCGGCAAGUGGCUACGCUCACAGAAUUGAUUGAUCAAGGGCCGUCAAGUCGGUGUCGACUCUUUCACAGAACUACCCGUCCCAAAAUGCACUGCUCGGGGUUUCCGUGUAAGCAGCAUUUCAAGCUAGGCUACACCCGCACUGCGAUUUCCUGCUGGAUCCCUCCGCUCGAGGGUUGCCUAGUUGGGAACGCGGCAUGGACUAAAAUCCGGAGUUGCGGUGCUGCCUGAAGCCCGCUGAACAAGGAAGCUGAAGCUCUCGCGCCUCUUCUGGGGGAGGAAGAAGGUCGCUGAGAUGGAAUCUGAAUGUCAAAAAUCUUCUUCCCUCAAAUGAGAACAAGGAGUUCUUUAGAUCUUGUUGGAGGCUGACCUGGAGCACAAACUAAAGAUGGGAAAGAAAGAUUCUUCUGGCCUGGAUGCACGAUAUGGCCCCAGUGUCUCCCAGGCUGAGAGCAGUGGGGGAUUCUGGGAAAGGAGCAUGCAGGAGAUUCUGAGUGGGGACAUCCUGAACUCAGAUAUACAUUGCCAGCACUUCAGGCAGUUCUGCUACCAGGAUGCGAAGGGGCCCCGAGAGGUUUGCAACCAGCUGCACAACCUUUGCUGUCAGUGGCUGAUGCCAGAAAGGCACGUGAAAAAUCAGAUCCUGGACCAGGUGGUCCUGGAGCAAUUCCUGACCAUCCUACCCCCUGAGAUGGAGGACUGGAUUAGAGAAUGUGGAGCGGAGACCAGUUCCCAGGCGGUGGCCCUGGCAGAAGGUUUCCUCCUGAGCCAGGCAGAGAAGAAGAAGAAGCAGGAAGAGCAGCAGAUUCCUGGAGGACCAUUGUCAGAAGCAGCUCCAGAUUUCUCUGAGGCAGAGAGGGCUCCACUGGAUGCCAAGCAGAGGCCGCUGUCCAGGUGGGCCUCGCAGGAUGAUGGCAGAGCUGCCACCUUGCUGGGUACUGGAAUUACUCUGCCAACAGAUUCUCGGCCAUCACUUCUUGCUGGUGGAGUGGAAAAGGCUUCGGUGCAACCAGAUCAAGGUCCGGUGACCUUUGAGGAGGUGGCUGUGCAUUUCACAGAGGAGGAGUGGGCUCUGCUGGAUCCGGACCAAAGAGCCCUGCACAGAGCAGUCAUGGAGGAGAAUAGGCAGAAUGUGGCCUCUCUGGCAGGUGCCAGCUGGGAGAGUGAGAAUGAGGAAAAGCCCCACAGAGGAUUGUUGGGAAGUGCCAGAAGGACAAGGAGCGAACAACAAAGAAUAAAAACCGAAGUCAAACAGAAGAAGAGGAAUGGAUCUCCUGUUUCUCAGCAUGGUGAACUGCAUACAAUCACAAUCCAGGGAGGAAUGGAAGAAGUAGUAGAGAAAAUUCUUUGCCCUUUCAAAAGGAGGAGCUUGAGUUCUGAAUCCAGCUUUCAACCUCAGGGGAAAAUGCAUAGAGAGGAGAAACCAUACAAAUGCUUGGAAUGUGGGAAAAGCUUCAGUCAGAAUUCUGAUCUCAGUGUACAUCAAAGGAUUCACACAGGAGAGAGACCAUAUAAAUGCUUGGAGUGUGGGAAGGCCUUCUGUCAGUACGGAAACCUGACUUCACACCAAAAGAUUCACACAGGAGAGAAACCAUAUAGAUGCUUGCAGUGUGAAAAGGGCUUCAGUAAAAGUUCAGAUCUCACUAUACAUCAAAGGAUUCACACAGGAGAGAAACCAUAUACAUGUGUGGAGUGUGGAAAGAGCUUCAGCCGGAAAAUAAGCCUGACUUCACACCAAUGGAUUCACACAGGACAGAAACCAUAUGGAUGCUUCGAGUGUGGAAAAAGCUUCCGUCACAACAGAAGUCUCACUUUGCAUCAAAGGAUUCACAGAGGUGAGAAACCAUAUCAGUGCUUGGAGUGUGGAAAGUGCUUUAGCCAAAGUUCAAACCUUACUUUGCAUCAAAGGAUUCACACAGGAGAGAAACCAUAUACAUGCUCAGAGUGUGGAAAGAGCUUCAGUCAUAGAGAAAACCUGAACUCACACCAAAGGAUUCACACAGGGGAGAAACCAUAUACAUGCUUGGAGUGUGGAAAGGGCUUCACCCAAAUUUCAAACCUCACUUUACACCAAAGGAUUCACACAGGAGAGAAACCAUAUAGAUGCUUGCAGUGUGGAAGGGGCUUCAGUAGAAGUGCAGGUCUCAGUGUACAUCAAAGGAUUCACACAGGAGAGAAACCAUAUACAUGUGCUGAGUGUGGAAAGAGCUUCAGCCAGAAAGUACACUUGACUUCACAUCAGUUGAUUCACACAGGAGAGAAACCAUAUGGAUGCCUGGAGUGUGGAAAAAGCUUCAGUCACAGCAGAAGUCUCACUUUGCAUCAAAUGAUUCACACAGGAGAUAAACCAUAUAGAUGCUUUGAGUGUGGAAAGGGCUUCAGUAGAAGUCCAGAUCUCACUGUACAUCAAAGGAUUCACACAGGAGAGAAACCAUAUAAAUGUUUGGAGUGUGGAAAGGGCUUCAGCCAGAAAAGAAACCUGACUUCACACCAAAGGAUUCACACAGGAGAGAAACCAGAUACAUGCUUGGAGAGUGGGAAGGGCUUCAAUAAAAAAGUAAAACUCACUGUACAUCAGAAGAUUCACACAGGUGAGAAACCAUAUAAAUGUUUGGACUGUGGAAAAGGCUUCAGUCAAAGUGCAUAUCUCACUGUACAUCAAAGGAUUCACACAGGAGAGAAACCAUAUAAAUGCUUGGAGUGUGGAAAGGGCUUCAGUCAAGGCGCACAUCUCAGUGUACAUCAAAGGAUUCAUACAGGAGAGAAACCAUAUACAUGUGUGGAGUGUGGAAAGGGCUUCAGUAAGAGAACAAAUCUGACUUCACACCAAAGAAUUCACACAGGGGAGAAGCCAUAUGCAUGCUUGGAGUGUGGGAAGAACUUCAGAAACACCACAAGCCUGACUUAUCAUCAAAAGCUUCAUGAUGGUGAAACCAUAUAAAUGCUUGGAGUGUGGGAAGAACUUUGGUUGAAGGCAGUCCCCUACUUCUCACUGGCGUACCACUCUACAUACUCAUGUUGUAAAUGAGUCCUGGGAAAGAGCUACAUUAAUCUUUUUUGGACUCCCACCCCCCCACCAAAGCUUACAUUUUAAUUGUGGUGUGAGUUUCUGUGGGGUACCUCUGACAAAAGAAAGGCCUCGCUUAUGAAGGGCAGUAAUUCUCUCUUCGGUGCAAGCUCAGCACUUAAGCACUCAUCCAGUCGCCUUCUCUUAAAAUGUGGCCACAGCAUUAAUAUUACCCACUUAUGUUCACCCAGAUUGAUGUUUUUUUUAGGGCUCGUUUUUUAAAGUAUAGAUUGUGGACCCCAAAAAGGCAGCCCCCUUCUCUCUACUACAAUGUAGUAGCAUAAUAAUAAGCAUCCUCUCUGACCCGCUGCAAAAUUGGCCCCUUGGUAUACAGAAGAACUAUGGGGGCUGAAGUGGCGAGGUAGACGACUGGAGCGCAAGUAGAUAAAGACUUUACUCGAAUCCGACAGAUUGCAACAUAGCGUACAUUUGAACAUCUAUGCUCAGGCCGUAUGUGCAGCAAAGAAGCUAUUCUUUUCUGCCCGUUUUGCAUCCACAAGUUCACGUUCAGCGGAAUUGUUCAGGGUUGUGAGAGGGAUAGUAUGUGCCCCUUCUCCUUUGAAUCAGAAUCUGGAACCAUCUAUUACCUGCUGUGACGUGUUUAAUGAAUUCUUUGUGGGGAAAAUCUCGUAUUCAGGACAACUUAGAUUCUUUCUCCACAAUUACUUCAGUGUCUGAUGUGGAGGUGUCCAGCAACUCCUCUUGUGUGGUCAGAUUGGAUCAGUUUGUGACUCCUGAGGAUGUGGAUGAGCUGCUUGGAGCGGUGCGGCCUACCACCUGUUCUCUUGAUCCUUGCCUGACAUGGCUUAUACUGCCUGGCAGGGGGAUUGUUGUGGGAAGCCUGGUAGAGAUCAUAAAUGCUUCUCUAAGGGAGAGCAGGAUGCCUCCUUGUCUUAAGGAGGAAAUUAUUAGACCACUUCUGAAGAAGCCUACCUUGGCUCCCUCAGAGUUUAGUAACUACAGGACUGUCUCCAACCUUCCGUGGCUGGGCAAGGUAAUUGAGAGAGUGGUGGCCUCUCAGCUCCAGACAAUCUUGGAGAAAACCGAUUAGCUAGACCCAUUUCAGACUGGCUUUCGGGCAGGCUGUGGGGUGGAGACUGCCCCCAUAGCCUGCCGCACUUGGUCGGCCUGAUAGAUGAUCUCCAUUUGGAAAUUGACAGAGGAAUUGUGACUCUGUUGGUCCUUUUGGACCUCUUGGCGGCUUUCGAUACUAUCGACCAUAGUAUCCUUCCAGAGCAUCUGAGGAGGUUGGAAGUGGGAGGCACUGCUUUGCAGUGGUUCCACUCCUACCUUUCGGGCAGGCUCCAGAUAGUGUCCCUUGGAGUCUACUGUUCCUCAAAAUCUGAACUUUUUAAUGGUGUCCUUCAGGGUUCUGUAGUGUCUCCAAUGUUGUUUAACAUCUACAUGAAACCGCUGGGAGAGAUCAUCAGGAGAUUUGGUUCAGGGUGCUGUCAUUAUGCUGAUGACACCCAAAUCUAUUUCUCCAUAUCAACCUCAUCAGGAGAAGGCAUAACCUCCCUAAAUGCCUGCCUGGAGGUGGUGAUGGGCUGGAUGAGGGAUAACAAACUGAGAUUGAAUCUAGAUAAGAUGGAAGUACUCAUUGUGCAGGGUCAAAACUUGGAACAUCAGUUUGAUCUGCCUGUUCUGGAUGGGGUCACACUUCCCCGGAAGGAACAGGUACACAGUCUGGGGGUGCUUCUGGAUCUGAGCCUCUCCCUGGUGUCCCAGGUUGAGAUGGUGGCCGGCGGUGCCUUCUAUCAGCUUUGGCUGUUACACCAGCUGUGUCCAUUUCUUGAGAUAAACGACCUCGGAACAGUGGUACAUAUGCUGGUAACCUCCAGACUGGAUUACUGCAAUGAGCUCUAUGUGGAGCCGCCCGAAACUACAGCUGCUCCAGAAUGCGGCAGCCAGGUUGGUCUCUGGGUCAUCUCGGAGAGACCAUAUUACUCCUGUAUUGAAAGACCUACACUAGCUGCCGAUAAGUUUCUGGGCAAAAUACAAGGUGCUGGUUAUAACCUAUAAAGCCCUAAAUGGCUUGGGCCCUGGGUAUUUAAGAUAAUGUCUUCUUCGUCAUGAACCCCACCGCCCAUUGAGAUCAUCAGGAGAGGUCCAUCUACAGUUCCCACCUGCUUGUCUGGUGGCUACUCAGGGGCAGGCCUUCUACGCUGCUGCCCCAAAGUUUUGGAAUGUGCUCCCUGCUGAAAUAAGAGCCUGCCCAUCUCUCACAACUUUUGAAAAAAUCUUUAAAGACACAUCUGUUCACCCAGGCUUUUAAUUAAUUACCCUUUUAAUAGAUUUAACAUUGUUUUAAAAUAUUGUUUUAAGGUUUUAAAUUCUUGUAAUUUUUUAAAUUUUUGCUGUCAUUGAUUUUAACCAAUGUUUUAAUUUCUCUGUUAUUUUUUUGUUUUAACUAAUGUCUUAUCUUUUCCAUUGCUUUUUGUUGUAAAUCACCCAGAGAUAUAGGUUUUGGAUUGUAUAAAAAUAUAUAAAAUAAAAUAAAGAUCAGUCAAUCAAUAAUA